GGAGGUGCGACACGUGGCGGCCCGCGUCGGCGGCACGCGGGCGUGAGAGCUGGACUGGAGGGCAGGCCAUCUCGACCGGGCCGGUCGGCCGGCGGUGUGACGUUAUCCAGGUGUGACGGCAUCUGAAGACAGCCAGCUGUCACAUGGUGUUGCGUCUGCAGCGCCCACCCGCGCCGUGACCGUCGCUCAAGUCUUCGAAGGGCUGUUUGGCGUCCAAAGGCGGAUUGUGUCUGACGACCGCUGGAGACCAGCAAUGAUGGACAAACUGCUAUGUGUGCUCGUCAUCUUCGUAACCAGGCACAUCACAACCGGAUUCGUAUUAGACAGCCGGGAUCUGGAGAGCAGCACUGUGCAGACGCUGGCCGGGGACCCGGUGACGCUGCCCUGUCCCGGGCUGGGCCAGUCGCCGUUCGUCGUUUCGUUGACGUGGCUGUGUCGCCGCUGCGGACCCAGUGUCGGUGCUGACGGAUCACCACAUAAGCUGAUCGUGUACCGGGACGGUCGCGUCCAGCCCGCCCCCGCCGCCCCCGCCCCCGCCCCCGCCGCCGCCGGCGGGCGGUCGGGGGCCUCGGAGCGCGGCGCGGAGACGAGGCCCUACGCCUGGGUCGGAGACAGGACAGCAGAGGAGGUGACGCCGGACAAACCGCGGCUCCGGCUGGACGAGACGACGUACGCACUGCUCAUUGACGCCACCCGCGCCUCUGACACCGGCGACUACUUUUGUCUGGUCAACAGUCGACAACAGCCUAAGGGAGCCGUGAGACUAGAGGUCAAAGACGCGCCGGAUGCCCCCGGCCGCCCCUUGAUUCAGUCGUUUUCGUCACGAACAGUCAACAUCUCAUGGACGCACCCUCGUCGCACAAACUUCUCCCCAGUGCUGCACUACCUGAUCCACGUCAGGGAGACGGAGCGCGGCCCGUGGGACCGCUCUCUGCGCACGGCCAGUAACCACACCACGUACCAGGUGACGGGGCUGCGUCCGUACACGGUCUACAGUUUCCGUCUGACUGCGGUGAACGCAGUGGGCGCCGGCCGGCCGGGACCCUCCUCCUACCCGGUCAACACGCUACGAGAAGCUCCGAGCGGCACGGUGGGUGACCUGCGCGCCGUCAGUCGCGGCCCCGCCUCGGUACAGCUCUCGUGGAUGCAGGCCGAUCCCAGCACGCUGCACGGAGAGUUUCUCGGCUACCAGCUGACCUACCGCGCACCGGCUACCGGUGCCAACCAUACGCUGGUCAUCAUGGAACAGAACGCCACGCCCCGCUCCAGCGAGUGA